CCCAGACAAGUGAUGCCAAAGACAAACUUGCCCUUGAAAAACUAGCUACGGACUCAGCAUCGUAUGAAAACUGGAAAUCCUGGAAUCUUCCGAAUUUGGUUGAAGUUCUGAAGGAAUUUCCCUCGGUUAAAGUCAACCCCACUCUACUCCUUGCCCAGCUUCCGCUCUUGCAACAACGCUUCUAUAGUAUAAGCUCCUCUACUCUAGCACAUCCUGACGAGGUCCACAUAACAGUUAUAGUUGUAGAGUAUCGCGCACAAGGUGGCAAGGGACCCAUUCACAAAGGGGUGUGCUCUGCCUGGUUCGAAAAUCUAAAGGAGGGGGAUAUCAUACCAUGCUUUGUUAGAGCAGCUCCAAACUUCCAUCUUCCAGAAAACACCAGUUUACCUAUAGUUAUGGUCGGCCCGGGAACUGGUAUCGCGCCUUUUAGAAGUUUUUGGCAACAGCGUAAAGUAGAAGUAGAAAUGGGACAUUUGAAUAAACAAGGGACAUUUGGAUUCGGAGAGAUAGAUUUGUACUUUGGAUGUCGCAAUUCAAAGAUGGACGAUAUAUACCGUCAUGAAACGAUGCCCCUUCUAGAUGACGGAUUUCUUUCCCACGUCUACACGGCACUCUCGAGAGAACCUGGCCAGUCGAAGGAAUAUGUUCAGACAAUUUUGUCGAAAAACUCGAAGGACGUAUACCGGCAAAUAGUCGUGGAACGUGGACAUUUUUACGUAUGUGGUGACGUUACAAUGGCGUCAGAGGUCUCUAAUGCUUUGAGGCACAUAAUUAAGACUGAGGGGAAGAUGACCUCUGAUGAAGCACAGCAGUUCAUACUUACAAUGAGGGAAAACAACAGAUUUCACGAGGACAUAUUCGGAGCAUCGUUCAAAGUACAGUCAGAUCGUAAACUUCAACUCCAAGAAUCAUUUGAAUCCUCUGCGAACUCCUAGAUGGACAAUGAUACUUUUACGGUGAAAUAUAACGGUUCAAUAUUCCAAUAGCUCAAGAGACUGCAUGACUUGUACAAUAUAGUUCAAUAAAAUUUUAAAUCAUCAGAGGAUUACUGAUUUAAACUACGCAUCAAUUAGACUACAUGUACGUCAUUCAACAUUACUGUCCCUAGAGACAAUAAUAAUUUAUAUGUGGUGUCUGUAAAAUUGCUGUUGAGUGUUUUCAGUCAAGCUUUUACAAUUAUCAUCAGCAUCAACG